CUCUGCCGAGUGCACGUCGCAGCAAUAAGCAGCAACUACUUUCAACUUUUGGAUUACGCGUCAAACUUAUCUUAGUGUAAAGCAAGCAAUGGUGCUGGAGAUGGAAAUGUCCAAGACCUAUCAAUAUCGCAAGGUGAUGAAGCCCAUGCUGGAGCGCAAGCGCCGCGCCCGCAUCAACAAGUGCCUGGAUGAGCUUAAAGACAUUAUGGUCGAGUGUCUGACCCAAGAGGGCGAGCAUAUUACACGCCUGGAGAAGGCCGACAUACUGGAGCUGACCGUGGAGCACAUGAAGAAGCUGCGCGCGCAAAAGCAACUGCGUCUGGGCAGCAGCAACAGCAGCAGCAGCAGCUCGUCUGCCAGCAGCAACACAUCCGACUCCAAGCUGAGCAUUGCGGAAAGCUUUCGCGCCGGCUAUGUGCAUGCCGCCAACGAAGUGUCCAAGACUCUAGCAGCAGUGCCCGGCGUCAGCGUCGAUCUGGGCACACAGCUUAUGAGUCAUCUGGGCCAUCGUCUCAACUACUUGCAAGUGGUAGUGCCUAUUGGCGUCAACAUGCCCAUGCACAGUGCAGAUGAACUUCAGAGCAGCAGCAGCAGUCCCAGUCCAUCAUUGGUUACACCACCGCCUUCGGAAUGUGGCAGCGCCAGCGGCAGCUGCAGUCCAGCGCCAAGCGAGGCCAGCACUGGCUCCAUGUGGCGUCCCUGGUGAGCGUUUGAGCAGACGGCGGCCUUGAAGCGGCCAAGGCGUUGAUACAAACUACAAGCUGACAGCUUGACUGCGAACAGUUAAAGCUCUGGACAAAGUGCUGAACACAGCGCUCGGCAGCAGCAGCAGCAGCAGCUCCUCAAACUGGGAGUCGCCCACUCUGGCAGAGCCAUAAAUCGGCUAAAGAGUGUUGUCAUCUCUAAAUAUGAAUUUAAAACAUGAUAUAAUAAAAUAUGAUUCAAA